UCUCUCUCUCUCUCUCUCGCUCUCGCUCUCUCUCUCUCUCCCUCCCUCCCUCUCUCUCUCCAUACGUGUGUAUGUGUUGUACUAAAUGUGCUAGUGGUGCAGGAACUCUGGAAACUUGCAUCAUCCGGUAGGGAGGCAGAGCCAGGGAGGAGAGAACAUGGUUAUACGGACGUGUAGAAGUGAAGAAGUGACAUUUCAGUUUGCAUGUUAACUCGCACCUCCUCUUUCUCGACUCCGAGUUAAUGCCAAGCGUGGAAAACUUUAUAAAGUGGCAAAAAGCGUGAGGAGGAGACCGAGGGGACUGGUCAGGAAAAGUUCAGCGUACGCCUCAGACAGACGUGCAACAGGAGACAGCAUCCAGUGAACCGGUUACAUCAAGGUGUAUGUGCGUAAAACGUACACGCGGAGCAAAGUGCAAGGUCCCCUCCGAGCACAGAUAUGAGCCACGAUCAGCUUUAGAGCACUGCUCCUCUUGGUACCUCCUCAGCCAACUUUAAUGUGCGUUUUUACACUCAGUAUUUCUAUAAGCUAAGCUGUGUUUUUGCACCGAAGAUGUCCCUUUUGUUAGGAGUCAUAAGAAGGUAAGUGAUUUACUUUUUUUUUUAAUGUUGUUGUUUUCUGAGUUUAUGUAUGUGUAUAACAUUAUACUUAAGCUUAUGUUUUUGGGAAAUCUCAAGGAUUCUCUAUUUUUUUUUUUUUUCAAUCAUAUCAAAGUUUACCCUCUUAAGUUUAACGUGGACCCCCUUUUUUGGACUAAUUUAUUGUUGCUUUACACUUCUUACACCUCCUUAACUUAUCACUAUUUAAUAUACUGAUAGGCAGCUGUCCAAUCAGGUAAGACCUUUGGCUCCAGACUCAUUUAAGCAAAAAUAAUGCUGGAUUAAUUGUUAAACACUGUUUGUUUGUCAUUUCAGGUGAGCAUAGACUAUUGCUAUUGUUGAACUCUUAUUGUUUCAAGUGAGGUUGUUAAAAACUUGUUUGACUUGCUCUGAGACACAGGCCUCAGAUCAGAUGACAUUUUUGUUGUAGGUGUCUGAGAUAUACCACGAUUGUUUGUCUAUUUCUUCGUCUUCCUACUGUCCUUCUCUUCAAUACUUUUGUCCUUCCAGGCGUUGUGUUGGUACUACAUCACACAGGGACUCUGGACCCUAUGUGAGCACCCUGUGGCGUUGUGUGUUUGCUUUCCAUUCUGUCUUUUAGGAUGCAUGUGUGUGAGCAGCUGACUGACACAUUGCCGGAGGGGCAUGUGAGUUAGUGUUAUGGAGGCUUAUGUUCCUGUGCAUCUUGUUUGUAUUUCUGCUUGAGAAAUUGUCCACGGUUGCAGUCGUGGCUCACCUGUUGUCCCGGAGCAUGCCCUGUGUAUUUUUCCCUGUAUGUAGCACGUGUGCAUGUUAACAGUGAUACUCAAGCUUGUCUUUACUUUGUGUGUAGACUCUGCCCUUAAGAGGCUGUGCACCAGGAUCUAUGUGUGCCUCUGUGUGUGCGUGUAUAUGGGGGUAGGCGUGUCUAACUUUGGUGUGAGAGGAUUGGCUUGCAGAUUUGGAGGUGUGUUGAAGGAAAAGUUCAAUAGUCACAUAUUACAUUUAUCUUUUCCUCAUCAGUAAAUGUUUUCCAUCCUGGUAAUGUUGCUGAAAUAUUUACCCUUCAAAAACAGAGUGACAUUACCUGUUCCCUGCUGACGUCAGGCGAUAUCAGUGCUAAAUUUGUCAAUGGGAAGCAUGCCUGUCCUCAUCAGGUUGGGGGGAUGGGGUGAGGAAUGGCAGGCAGAGACAAAGGCAUGGUAGUUUGCAUGACUGCAGGGGGAAUUGAGAGGUCAUCUGAGUUGAUGCUGCUGCUUUUUGUUCCAAAAAAAGAGCAUUUUGUUGCAUUAAAGGAGUGCAGAGCAGCCUAUCUCUUACCACUGCUUUUACCCUCUUUAUUUUCUGUUUCGAGUCAGUAAACCGCCUCUGCUGAAUUUCAGAACAGCAACUUUUUUUGUACAAAUCACAUGAGAGAUGAUAUUCAGCAUCACCCAAACAGUUACAGUGAUUAGUAGCAUGGUAGGAUUAAUAUGGGGGAGCACUGGUAGGACUAAUUGAUUUACCUCGCAAAGAAAGGGACUGAAACACCGCGCUUUAGGAGACUUGUCCAACCAAGUGUCCAAAUUUUUGCUCUAUCUCAUACAAAUGAGAGCUACAUCAGAGCAACAUUAUCCAAGGUGUUUCUGAAGUCACUGCUGACAAGGGCCCGACCGAUUUGUUGGCGAGUCGAUUGAAUCAGCCAAUUUUAGCUUGUCUGAGACUAAAAAUCUGCCAAAACGCGAUUUUUUCUGAAAUAAAAUGCGGAGAAUAAGAUUCGGUUUCACUUCGAAAAUGUUCCCCAUCUUAUCCUGUAGGUGGCGCAGCGACCUCAUGACAGUCUUCAUCCACAAACUACCUAAAAGCACAGCUGAGCGACGGAUCUGUGGAUAGUAGUUGAAAACGUUUUUCUGGUCCGAGUUUGAUCAGUCGGUCUUCCUGACGUGAAGAGCAGUAGCCUACAGUAUAUAUAUAUAUAUAUAUAUAUAUAUAUAUAUAUAUAUAUUAUAACUUCAUAAAAAAUUAAAAAAAUCAGCUGAUUAAUCAGUAAUCAGAUUUUUCCCCCCCUAAUAAUCGGUAUCGGCAUCGGCCCCAAAAAAUCCAUAUCGGUCGGGCCCUACUGCUGACGUUUCUGUCUGCUCCUGCUGUUUGUUUUGGUGGUGCUCUUUUGGCAGAUUCUCACUUGCUUGCCAAACUUAAAGUAGCAAACUCACUGUAUGCUCUUCUCCUGAGUGGAGAGUGAAUAAUGGAUGAAAUAAACACAUCGACCUGUUAGGAAGAAAUGCUCUUUUCUCUAGAACCUGUCGUCUUGGUGUACAAAAAGCAAAUGUGGGUUUUUCCUUAGAAGUUUGUAACAUUAAGGGGAAACGGAGAUGUAGAAAGACUUUACAGAGAAGUAUGUGGUGUGCCAACUGAUACAAAACAUCUACACCCAAACUGUUAAUCAUAGACAAAAAAAAACUGAUCAUCCAACACUAACCAGACUAUUGUUUUCUGCCAAGCUUUCACCAGUAAAAAACAUGUUUGUCCCAGGCUGUGUGUUCAGUAGGAGUUUGAACCCUGCAGCUGGCAUUGGAGUACUCUCAGUUCUUUGCCCUCUCUCUCUCUCUCUUUCAAGCUUAUCUCUUCUUUCUAAUUUUAUGAAGAGUGUGUGUACGUGUGUUUGCGUGUAAUAACAUACUUGAUGCAGUGAGUUGUGAGCCACGUGCUUGCACAUUGUCGCUAUUUUUGAAACUAAGUAGAAGAGUGUGAUUGGCAUUCCCAGUCAAAUUAGCCUCACGUGCAGAAACUCUGAUUCAGUUCACGGUGCAAACCAGCCGCUGAGUGUGUGCUUUUAUAUAUUAGUGUGUAGUUUGUCUAGCAAAAACUAGAAAAUCUGAGAUUAGAUAUUAAUAAUAAUGAAUAAUAAAUCACAGCAACUGGACUGCUGUCUUUGUAAGUAACAAAUAACCAGUCAUUUUUUAUCACUCAUUUGCCUCUCCUUUUUGCAGACAUGGAAGUGUUGGAGCGAGCGUUGGGGUUCGGUCCUUGGCCUCCAUCCCUUCGCUGCCCCCAGCAGUAGCAGACUUUGUGAAGGGAGCAGUGGAUGAAUGUAAGCCCUCCAAUGUGCACGUGGUGACGGGGACGCCAGAGGAAACAGCCAACAUCCUGGCAGGUCUGGAGAGGGAGGGGAUGGUCAAGAAGCUCACCAAAUAUGAGAACUGGUAAAGGCUUGAAUUUCUUCACUGGGGAACUUACUCCGUAUUGUGUAAUGAUUUAAAGCAACAGUGUGCUUCUAUUCAAUCCUCUUUUCAGCUGUUUUGUGCUCUGGUUUGUGUCCUCUUUUUCAGUUGGUUAGCACGCACAGACCCGAAAGAUGUUGCUAGGGUUGAAAGCAAGACUGUGAUUGUAACCAAGAACCAGAGGGACACCAUCCCCAUCCCUGCUGGGGGGGUGAAGAGCCAGUUGGGCAGCUGGAUGUGCGAGUCUGAUUGGCAGAAAGCCCGAGAGGAGCGUUUCCCCGGCUGCAUGGCAGGUGAAUAUCAGUUCUCUUAUUUCUAAGAGAUUCAGCCACCAGCUAAGCGAAAAAACUGUGUCCUUUUAGACAUUAAUCAAUAAAAUAGACAAUAAAACAGGUUGUUCUGUCCUCUUUACGGCGACUGUGACAAGUAAAAAGGGGUAUACUAUAAGUUACUCUUUCUUGUCUCGCUCCUUUAAUCCUUUAAAUGCACCCAAGGCAAGAGGAAAGGAGAAGAAAAGAGGCCUCUGUAGAGGCACAGCUGGAGGAUGGAUCAUUGGAUUCAGCCUUCAAGUCUCAAAUUAUGUGUAUGGUGUGAUAUGUUUAGUGUGUAGGUGUACAGGGAAAAGUUGUGGAGUCUCGAGUCUUGCUGUCUAGCAUGCUCUGACAGGAGUGAGUGAAUGUGCUGUAAAUGGGUGAAUGUAGCAUGUAAUGUAAAAGCACUUAAAGUGGUCAGAAGACUAGAGAAAGAGCUUUAUGUAUGCAGCCUAUUUAUAAAGAUGUGAUUAUAUUAAGCAUGGCAUUCCUGGUGUUACAAGUUUGUCAUCUCUGAACUAAAAAUGACUGCAUUUAAUAAUCGCCAAUAACUGCUAACCUUGGCUGCAAAUAUGUUUAUGAUCAUCAACUAGCCUCAGCCUAAAGUUAAAAAAGGGGAAAUAAACAAUCUCUGUGUUUGGUUGGUAUCAGCAACAGAAGAAGUCAAUGACUGGUUUCCUUAAAAGUUCAUGGGUGCGUGUCAACUGUCGAGUCAGCCUUCCUGCAGGUCAGCAUCCUCGCCUGUUAGCAGCUGCAGCCGUCGACCUGCGUCAUCAUUUAUAGGAGACAAAGCAGCCGCUCUAUGCGUAUAUCAGAAAUGAUGGGUGCAGGAUGAGUAGACAAUCCGGGUGACCUUUCCAAAGCUAAACCCAGUCUUUGUAUUUCUACAUGAAACACCUAACAUCUACUCCCACCAUUCACAUGUUGGAUCGUGUCAUUAGUGGAUGUACUUAAGUGGUCUGUGUGAGAAAAUACUGGGUCCUUUGGGGUCGAGGAUUGAGUUUGAUAGAUCUGUUUUUCAUAACAAGCUCUGCUCAUGAGUCAUACAGACUUGCACUCAUAAUAAAUCAAAGACGGUCUCCUUCAGUGACAUGAAAUCUACCCUGUAUUUCUGUGAAUACCUGACUCUAAUAUAAAGACCACGUCAUUUUGUGUUUUGCAGGUCGCACCAUGUAUGUGAUUCCUUUCAGUAUGGGUCCUGUGGGCUCAAGUCUGACUAAAUAUGGAGUCCAGGUAAUCGCUGUGCUCCUCUCAGUAUUCAAUACUUCAAAUUAAAAAGUUCAUUAAAACCGUAAACCUGCCAUGUAGUUAUUUGCAGUGCUGUGCUUUAUUGCAGUAGAUUGCUGUCAUUUAUUAUAGUUCUUUAUUGCUCAGUAUUGUCAUCUGCGGUUGACGGUUAUUAAACAAAUAUUUUCUUCUCCUUCAAGGUGACCGACUCGCCGUAUGUCGUUGCCAGUAUGGGAAUUAUGACACGGAUGGGAACUCCUGUUCUGAAUAAACUGGCUGAAGGAACUGAUUUCGUCCGCUGUCAGCACUCUUUGGGUCGACCUUUGCCACUUAAGGGUACUGAAGCCUCAAACAAGUCAUCUUUAACUCCUUUAGCUCCUUUAACUCUUCUCUCAUGUCUGGCCAAACAAGUCUUCAAGGGAUAUUCUGGCGUAAAAUACUUUAGGGUCAAACACACAGUAACAAUACACAGGGGUGUGAGGAGCCUUAAACAAACGUCACCCAAAACGCCACUCUAUAGCCACAAAUAAUGCUCAGAACAGCACCUAACUUCAUCAACAGUACAUAUAGGGUCCCAGCCACAGCACUAGCUACCAAACAUCUUUUUAGCUUUGCCUGAUUUCUUUAGCAAAGAGUCUAAACACAACUAACCUACUCUCUUCCAGCAGUCACUUGUUUGUGGGGAGACCUCGAGCCAGUCCAUUACGGACUGCUGCGGGGUGACACAGCUCAAGGAAGAACAUUUAUGACCAUUUCUGUAUGAAAAUUCCACCAGACUGAGAUGCUAAGGCAGAAGAACCACUGCGUCUGCAGUGCAAAAUGAUUAAAAUGGUGAUUAUUACUUCAAGGAAAUGAUAAAGAAAUGAUCAUAAAUGUUCUUCCUUGAGCUGCGUAACCCCGCUGUUGUUUGUAAUGGACUGGCCCGAGGUCUCGCUACAAACAAGCGGCUGCUGGAAGAGAGUAGGUGAGUUAUGGCGUUUUGGUUGAGGUUUGUUUAAGGCUCCUCAGACCCCUGUGUAUUGCUAUCCUGUGGUUGUUACUAAGGGUUGGUAAACCUAGAGAAACAAGUGGUCGGCAACAUUCAUCUCUCGAGGGGUUGUCUUUCUCAGUGUUCAAUGUGUUUGACCCUAAAUUAAUUUUAUGCCAGGAUAUCCCUUAAAACCUUUUACCACACAACCAACUCAUUUACCAGGUAUCAUCCCUCUAAUACCUAUAUUGUCUAUUUCUUUUUUAGCUCCACUGGUGAACUCGUGGCCCUGUAACCCAGAGCAGGUGCUGAUUUCUCACCUGCCUGACUUGAGGAAGAUCAUGUCCUUUGGCAGUGGUUAUGGAGGGAACUCCCUUCUGGGGAAAAAGUGCUUUGCCCUCCGUAUUGCCUCCCGCAUUGCGAAGGAUGAGGGCUGGCUGGCUGAGCACAUGCUGGUAAGUGUAAAACUUUGCUGUCUCGGAUGAUGACGGUCAGUACUCAGGAAAAGUAACUCCAGACUUUGUAAGUGGAAGUUUGACUAAAAGCGUAGUGAGGAUUUUAAUCACUGCUGUUCUCCACCCUCUCCUUUUCGUAGAUCUUGGGUAUUACAAACCCUCAGGGAGUGAAGCGGUAUGUAGCAGCAGCCUUCCCCAGUGCCUGCGGUAAGACUAACCUGGCUAUGAUGAAACCAUCUCUGCCAGGCUGGAAGGUGGAGUGCGUGGGUGAUGACAUUGCAUGGAUGAAGUUUGACAGUCAAGGUAAGAAAGAUUAGGAUGGUUUCCACUUAUGAAAUAGCUCUGUGCCUCUAUAGAUCCUAAUCCAAAUCCUAAUCUGUCUUGUUUGACUCCUUUAUAUCCGCAGGUAAACUGAGAGCCAUAAACCCUGAGAACGGCUUCUUCGGUGUGGCUCCUGGCACCUCAGACAAGACAAACCCUUACGCCAUGGCUACCAUUGCGAAAAACACUGUGUUCACAAACGUUGGGGAGACCAGUGACGGAGGAGUGUGGUGGGAGGGUCUCGAUCCCCCUGCAGCAGGGAUCACAGUCACAGACUGGCAUGGCAAAACCUGGAAACACGGUAACUCCAGGCUGAACAGUCCAGGCUUUUUAACUCUUUUCUCUUGAGUAACUUUGAACAUUCAGUGAUUUUACUGGUAUAAAUGAAUCAAACUAGAAUGAGGAAUAAGUGCUGUGUUCACUAAACCGCCUCUGAAUUUCCUAAAACCGUGUUUAUUAACGGGCUGAUCUGAGGGUUCAAACUAUGUUUGAGCAGUGGUUUUCAUAAGUGGAUGUUUACAAAGCUCUCAAAGUCAAAUAAACUCCCAUUUCCUCUCUGUUAAAGGAAGCUCUACUGCGUGUGCCCACCCCAAUUCCCGCUUCUGCGCUCCAGCUGCUCAGUGUCCCAUCAUUGACCCUCAAUGGGAGAGCGAGGAGGGCGUUCCCAUUGAUGCUAUCAUUUUUGGCGGCAGGAGGCCUGAAGGUUGGUGCUGGGUCUAUCUUCUGUAACAGUGAAGCUUUUCCUAAGUGUCUUCAGUUUUUGUUUUGUGUCAUUUUAUAACUUAUUGAGGUAUUUCCACAUUGAGUCUGUAUUUGAUAUCCCUGAAAUGAUAAAACACUGAUGUUGACAGGGGUCCCUCUGGUCUACGAGUCUUUCAACUGGCAGCACGGGGUCUUUGUUGGAGCAGCCAUGAGGUCUGAGGCGACGGCAGCUGCUGAGCAUAAAGGUACCACCUCUCAUCUAUGGUUUAAAUCUUGUACACACUUUGCUAAAUUCUCAUAUUUCAGCUCCAACAAAGGAAGUAUUUGUUUGUUAAUCCAGGAAAGGUGAUCAUGCACGAUCCUUUCGCCAUGCGACCAUUCUUCGGUUACAACUUCGGCGACUACCUCGCUCACUGGCUGAGCAUGGAGACCCGAAAAGCCCCCACUCAACUCCCCAAGAUCUUCCACGUGAACUGGUUCAGAAAGGACCCGGAAACCGGAGCCUUCCUGUGGCCCGGCUUCGGUGAGAACGCCAGAGUCCUCGAGUGGAUCUUCAAGCGCUGCAACACUGAGAGGGAGGAUGAAGCAGCCAAAAAGAGCAUUAUCGGUUGGCUGCCAGUAGAUGGCGCCAUCGACACUAAAGGUUUGGGCAGCAAGGUGGAUAUGGGUGCUCUGUUUGACGUGCCUGUGCCUUUCUGGCAGAAGGAGACAAAAGAGUUGAGAGCGUACUUCACUCAGCAAGUUGGAGCAGAUCUACCGGCUCAGGUGGCGUCUGAGCUGAAGGCGCUUGAGGACAGAGUGCACAAUUAAAACAAACUACUGAAAGAAAGUCCAUCCAGAGACAGGGAGGUAGUUGAUGACUCAAGAUUUAGAUCGUAAGGGUGCAAUCUGUGUCACUGGUUCACAUUCACAGAGAACUUAAAAUACACUUUUGGUUUUGUUAAAAUAAUGGGAUUUUUUUUUUUAUUUGUUAAGAAUUCAGAGACGAUUUUCUCUCAGUGCAUGUAAACACAGUCGGUGAUUUAAGUGAAGAGAUUGAACACUGCAUACCCUCAUUUUGGACACUACUUGACACAAAUGCUGCAACACUGAGAGACUGGUACGGGCUGUAGGAGGUUUGCCUUGCAUCAUUCUGGUUAGAUCUCUGUGAAGUGGUCAAACUAGUUAAAAAGAGAAGUACGUGUCUCUACCUCUGUUCUCACAGAACCUGGCGCCGUAUUUAAAGCACAAUCACCACGGCCCUGCUGUGCUGAAUGAGACAUUAAGCUUAACUUUUCCAAAUGUGGCCAAUGUUUACAAGCUAAUAUCCAAAGAUUUUUUACUAAUUCUAAACAAGAGUUGAUGAAGUUUUAACAAUUUUAAAUGACUCUUUUACUAUGCUGUUGUCAGAGUCUUGUGAAAUGCCCUUUAAACUGACCUCUGUAUUUACGGAUAUAUAAACCAGGAGUCCUUUAACAACCCAAGGAUCACUAUGCAUAAUUCAGUUUUCCAGUUUUGUAAUGUUUGUGAUUCAACUCCUUAAUUUCAGGUGAUGUUUACACACAAUAUGUGAAAAUUUUGGACCAAUUAAUGCAACUGAGAUUAUAAGUAUUUUUAGGAGCCAAGGUUUUUAUUACAGUGCAAUGAAUAAAACAAACAAAUAAAAGCAGAAACUUUG